AUGUCCAAUGUAGAUUGUAAUAAAAUGGCUGAAAUUGCAAGCUCUGGAUUUUUGCGUUUCUCCUUAGUUUUCAACCUCGUUAUCACAAUAUGCGCCGUACCAGUUUUAAUUUGGGCUACUUGGAAACUGUGGUCAAUGAAGUAUACAAAGCUUUUUCAUGUUAAUUUCAAAAUUAUAAUUCAACUUCAUUUAUUUGGAUUUAUGUUGCACUGUUCUGGAAGAAUUAUUUUGCAUUCUAUAGAUUUGUUUAACUACACAACUCAAGAUAAUCCUUGCGAUAUGGUUCCAAACAUCUAUAGGUGUUUUGUUUUACGGUUAAUGUACAACACAGGUCUUUGGAUAACUAAUUCAACAGCUGUAUCGUUAAUAAUUGAACGAUGGUUGGCAACAAAAAGAAGUGCAACUUAUGAACAAGAGUCAGUCAGAAUGGGAAUUUUUUUGGCUUUUUUUCAGUUUGCUGUAACAUCAAUUCCCCUUGCGGUUCUGUACUCAAAAAUUCAAUUUGAAGGAGUCGUUAUGUAUUAUUGUGUGACAGCCCAAGCUAGUCUACCGUACGUAGGUCAAAUGAGUGCAGUUGUCGGUUUUGUGUUCCAAGUGUCAGCUCGAAUAUCCUUCCAUUACCUCUACAAACAAAAUAAACACAUUAGAAAUACCGGAGUUCAUCAUUCAACACUUUCAAAUCGUUAUCAACUUGAACAAAAUAUCAGCUCAAUCACCUGCCUCAAAACCUUUGCUGGCAUUUCAACUACGUUUAUUGUUAUAUAUAAUAUUAUCUACAUUGUAUUAAUGUUCCACGCAAAUGAUCUGGAGCCGUACCAGUACUUUGGGAUAUUAGAAUUAAAUUUGGCAUUUCCCUCGUAUGCUAUUGUGUCUAUAAUUAUUCUAUCAAGAUCAAUGAAAAAGGUUCGGAAACUAAUUGGUGUGCAAUUAGUGGCUCAUUUAAAAACUCCAAACCAGCAAUAUCUCGAUAAUUUCAAACGACAAAUUGCAUAG